AGGAAGAAAGGAAUACGAUCAAGCUUAGUGUUGUAGAAGAACAUAGUAAGGUCACACACUUGAUGGACUGCUGGCAAAAAAAAACCUUACAUACCAGACAACAGUGAGAGAACUGAGACCACAUAUUGGGAACAGAUACAACAAAGACUCAAUAUAUACACUGUCAGGAACCAUACAUACACUUGUACAGGUUUCUCAGCAUGGCAAUGUCACCGGAAAUGUUUCAGGAAUUGGAAACAAUGACCUGCCUGCUAAGUGGAGCUUCCCAACUCACCUCACGGAUUGGCCGGGUUAGCUUAGCUGCUUUCUUCUUUGUUCGUUUUGGUCUUUUGGCGGUGGGUGCUCGGUCAGUUUGGAUGGAAGAGGAGAAGAGCUUUAUUUGUAAUUCAUCACAAUUGCUCUGUGCUCCAAGUUGCUUUGAUGAGUUCUCUCCCAUCUCUUCAUUUAAUCUGUUUGCUCUCCAGCUCGUGGUGUUGAUUACACACGCCUUGUCUGUAACCUGUUGGAACCGUUCUACUAACCAGGCAGCAGAGACACAGUUACAGGCAUACUUAAGAGGGAGAAAGGUUCAAGUUGUUUUGCAUAUACUUUGUCUACUGAGUAGAGUGGUCAUUGAGGGCAUAUUCAUCUUUACUUAUUAUGAAAUGUCAGGAGGGUUUCUACAUCCAGCAGUGACAAAAUGUCACACUCAGCUAUGUGAGAAGAAUGUAAUCUGCACAGAUUUGAACUCAUUCAGUAAAAAUUUUUUUAGUUUAGGGCUCUGUGCAGUAUCGGCGCUCAGUAUACUCAUCUGCCUAAUGGAGGUGGUAAUCUCUCCAUUGCACAGGCACCCACCUAAGUAAUCCAUAGCACAAGCCCUGUCCAAUAGAAGGCAGCAUUAGCAGUCAAAUGUUAAAAGAGUAAACUCAUUUUUCAUUGCAUCUGUAUGAUGUCACGGCAAUAUCUAUCAGUAAACUCAAUUUAUCUAGUGUCUGCUACUGAAACUAUAUUUCAAUUAAGUAAAUAUGUAUAUAUGAAAACAACGCAAAAUAAUUCUGUAUGAUUUAUUUUUAUUAUUAUAGAUAUUGAUUAAGCGUCAACAUAUUCUGCAUCACUGUACAAUUGGGGAAGAUGGACAGUACAAUAUAAACAAACUAAUGCAGAAGGAAUAGAGGACCUUGCCCAUAAGCUUAGAUCUAGCAUUU